AUGCCUGACCUUCGUCGCCAAGUUCUGGAGAGCGGGAAAACCGUCUCUCGCAAGGCUGCUUCUCGUGAAGGCACUCGACCCACCUCGCGUGCCAGUUCUAAGACUUCCGCCCGAUCUUCGCGCAAUGCAAGCCGUCAACCAUCAGAUGACGACGAUGCCAGUUAUAUGUCUGAUGAUACUGCCAUGAGCAUCGGCUCCCUCGAUGAUGACAACCCCGAGGCAGAAAAUGCCGACUGGCCAACCGAGCUGGCCGAACGUGUCCAAGAACUCCUUGAUCGCAAGCGCAGCAGUGUCCAGGGCCGUGAAGAGGCUCUUGCGGCAUUUUGCCGUCUGACUAAAUAUCACUACGCGGAGGAGGAGAUUCGCACAUCUGUGGAUGACCUGCUUGUCGCAUUUGUGAAGAGUAUUCGGACUGACUCAAGCACCCGGGAGACUACAUUGGCCUUGCGAGCGAUUGAGCUCCUUGCGAUUACCUCUUCGGAUGACAAGAUUUAUGAAAACACCGAGCCGCUUCUUACCCGAACUAUCCGCGACUCGGAAUCCAAUGCUGUAAAAGCCGCAGCUAUCCAAUGUCUGGGUGCGACGACCAUGUUUGGCGGUGCUGGAGAGGAUGGCAUCCUGGACCAGAUGACCUUCUUGCUUGAUAUCGUGGCUUCGGAUGGCCAGUCAAUAGGGGCCGCUGAUGAUCCCAAGAGCGUGACAGCCGCACUGCAGGUUUGGGGAUUUCUUCUGACGGAGAUCGAUGAUUUUGAGGGCGAGAGCGAAGAGUCCAUCCAAAUUCUCAUGGACCAACUGGACAGCAGCGACUCGGGUGUCCAGAUUGCCGCCGGUGAGAACAUCGCCCUGCUCUACGAAAAGAGCUAUACGCCCCAGGAAGAUGAUGAUGACGAAGCGAGUGAAGAAGAGGAAAGUGACGAACAUGAAAACGACCUCUCCUCUGGACCAAAGCUCGUGAAACGCUACAACGCCUACCACAACACCCCGGAGCUUGAGCGCCAGCUGGAAUCCCUGGCAUCAAUCCACACAAAGCGCAUCAGUAAGCGCGACAAGAAAUCGCUGCACAGCAGCUUUGCCUCCAUUCUCACAACCGUUGAGAAUCCACGCCGUGGACCCCGCUACAAUACGGCCAUCGACCAGGAUACGAACCGCCACUAUGGCAGCACCUUGACUGUCAAAAUCGGGCGCCACGGAAUCAUGAGCAUUGAUCGCUGGUGGAAGUGGGCACGCCUCGCAGGUCUGCGUCGGAUCCUGCAAGGAGGAUUCGCCGAGCACUACUACCAAGGAAACAGGUCUGUCUUGGACAAUCUACCUGUUAUGAUGCGGCAGGCCGAAUCAAACUACUCAACGCCAGAUCGAGCCAGUGCAAAGAAGGCUGCGAAGAUCCGCAACUCACGCCGCUGGACUGCCCAGCAUUCGGAGGAUGAAGAUUGA